AUGUUCGUGUCGGAUUUCCGCAAAGACUUCUACGAGCUGGUCCAGAGCCAGAGGGUCCUUCUCUUCGUGGCCUCGGACGUGGACGCUCUGUGCGCUUGCAAGAUCCUGCAGGCUCUAUUCCAGUGUGACCACGUGCAGUACACACUGGUUCCAGUGUCUGGGUGGCAAGAACUUGAAACUGCAUUUCUUGAACAUAAAGAACAGUGUCGUUAUUUUAUUCUCAUAAAUUGUGGAGCUAAUGUAGACCUAUUGGAUAUCCUUCAACCCGAUGAAGACACUGUAUUCUUUGUGUGUGACACCCACAGGCCAGUCAAUGUGGUGAAUGUGUACAACGACACCCAGAUCAGAUUACUCAUUAAACAAGACGAUGACCUUGAAGUUCCUGCCUAUGAUGACAUCUUCAGGGAUGAAGAGGAUGACGAGCACUCAGGAAAUGACAGCGAUGGGUCAGAGCCUUCUGAAAAGCGCAAACGGUUAGAAGAGGAGACAGUGGAAGAAACCAUGAAGAGGAGGCAGCUGAGAGAGUGGGAGGCCCGGAGAAGAGACAUCCUCUUUGAUUAUGAGCAGUAUGAAUAUCAUGGGACAUCAUCGGCCAUGGUGAUGUUUGACCUGGCAUGGAUGAUGUCCAAGGACCUGAACGAUAUGCUGUGGUGGGCCAUCGUUGGACUAACAGACCAGUGGGUACAAGACAAGAUCACCCAAAUGAAGUAUGUGACUGACGUUGGCAUCCUGCAGCGCCAUGUGUCCCGGCACAACCACCGAAAUGAGGAUGAGGAGAACACUCUCUCUGUGGACUGCACACGGAUCUCCUUUGAGUAUGACCUCCGCCUGGUGCUGUACCAGCACUGGUCCCUCCAUGACAGCCUGUGUAACACCAGCUACACCGCGGCCAGGUUCAAGCUCUGGUCCGUGCAAGGGCAGAAGCGGCUCCAGGAGUUCCUCGCAGACAUGGGCCUUCCCCUGAAACAGGUGAAGCAGAAGUUUCAGUCCAUGGACAUUGCCUUGAAGGAGAAUUUGCAGGAAAUGAUUGAAGAGUCUGCAAAUAAAUUUGGGAUGAAGGACAUGCGUGUGCAGACUUUCAGCAUUCAUUUUGGGUUCAAGCAUAAGUUCCUGGCCAGUGAUGUGGUCUUCGCCACCAUGUCUCUGAUGGAGAACCCCAAGAAGGACAGCUCAGGGACGGAUCACUUCAUCCAGGCUCUGGACAGUCUCUCCAGGAGUAACCUGGACAAGCUGUACUAUGGCCUGGAACUCGCCAAGAAGCAGCUGCAAGCCACCCAGCAGACCAUCGCCAGUUGCCUCUGCACCAACCUCGUCAUCUCCCAGGGGCCUUUCCUUUACUGCUCUCUCAUGGAGGGCACUCCAGAUGUCAUAUUGUUCUCCAAGCCGGCAUCCCUGAGCCUGCUCAGCAGGAACCUGCUCAAGUCCUUUGUGUGUUCGACAAAGAACCGGCGCUGCAAGCUGCUGCCCCUGGUGAUGGCUGCCCCCCUGAGCAUGGAGCAGGGCACAGUGACUGUGGUGGGCAUUCCCCCUGAGACUGACAGCUCAGAUAGAAAGAACUUUUUUGGGCGGGCGUUUGAGAAGGCGGCAGAAAGUACCAACUCCCGGACGCUGCACAACCACUUUGACCUCUCAGUAAUUGAGCUGAAAGCCGAGGAUCGGAGCAAGUUUCUGGAUGCCCUCGUUUCCCUCCUGUCCUGAGGAAUUUGAUUUCUUCAGAAAUGACCUCCUUCUCCUUAUUUAUAUUAACUG